AUGGAGUUGGCGCAAUUUGACAUUAAGUUUCAACCGAGUACAACAAUAAAGGCCCAAGCAUUGACAGACUUCGUGGUCAAGUUCAUGCCAAGAAGUCAUCAUGUUUGCCCGAUCGACUUGACCAGGGCAACCCUAAGAAGAAGGGAAAUUGCUAAAGGAAUUGUACAGCCCUCAAAGCAGGACGCCCAACAGCAUAGCAAGCCAUUUAGGCCUAAAAAGAGAGAAGAAGGAACUGACCACAACAUUGCCAGCGAGGACUCACCCAGAAGAAGAGUCUUGAGACAGUCAGAUAGUGAGGAUCAAAGCCCAACGGCAGACAUAAACCUGGAUGAAGAUGGAGCAUCCAACAGGCACGGCGCAGGACUGGGCAUAGUCCUCAUCUCACCGGAUAGCCUAAUAAUUGAACAGGUAGUCAACCUUGGCUUCCCAGCAUCCAACAACGAGACGGAGUAUGAGGCAUUACUAGCAGGUUUGAAAUUGGUACUUCGCAUGAAGGCCACCGAGUUUAUGGUAUACAGUGACUCCCAACUGGUAGUCAACCAGAUUUCAAGCGACUAUGAGGCAAAGGUUAAUAGGAUGGCUAAGUACCAAGACUUGGUCAGAAAGGAGAUCAUAAAGUUUGACGUAGUCCAAAUAGAGCAAAUUAGCCGGGAGAAAAAUAGUAAAGCAGAUAGUAAAGCAGAUAAACUAGCUGGUUUUGUGUCAAUGACAGAUACAUUUAUCCCACACCCAUUGUUGAUUGACUUCAUACCCAGACCAAGUAUUAAAGAACUCGAAGCAGCCGAAGUAUGUUGUGCCGAGCUAGGCCCUUCCUAA